AUGGCGUUGUCGAGUCAUCCACUGUCCUUGUCCUCCUUUUUUUGUCCCGUCUCCGUCUCUCACUGCUCUUUACCUUCUACCACGACCUUCACGUCUUCUUCGUUCACCUAUCUUCGCGAUGUUCGCGACUAUCUUUGCUAUUCUUGCCUUUUCAACUAUCUCAAUAUAUGCCCAAUCUACGCCCACUGUAUUGGUGCACGACUAUCGGCACCUGGCGCUGCCACUGAUAUCCACUUACUCCCUGGCCAAUAUACUGCCACCACCAGCCCCCAAAUCCUUCAUAAUCUCCUCGCAUCCACGUCCGCCACCCUCGCUGCCUCGUCAGGCUUUAACUCGUCCCUGUCAUUGCCGCUCAUCUUAGCCCUCCAACCGGGUCUCGCCGUUUACUCGGGCUCUCUGUACUCGGGCCAAGCCGCUUUCUCAUCCCUCCCUUCCGCACCAGUUGGCAACUCAUCAGUCCCAUUGACUUCCCAGUCUAUUGCUCUAUCUUCUGGGGUAUGGGCCUCCGUCAACGCCGGCUCAAGCAACCGUGUUAUCCUGUGGGACUCAAUCCCAGAUGUCAAUCAGCUCCCAUCCGGCACUCUCGGUUCUCUUUCACUCACCGAUAUUGAAUCUGCCUCUUGCUCCCCCACAUGUGCCGGCUCGGGUAUCUGUACUCCCUCUGGGACGUGUCAGUGCUCGGCUGGGUUCACCGGGUCUUCAUGUGAAUCGUGCGCUUCAGGUUUCUUCGGUCCCAAAUGUCAAGCAUGUCCUUCUGGCUGCUCUAGCUGUGAUGAUGGAAUUUCGGGGUCUGGAAGGUGUCUGCAACCGACCGUAGCGAACGCCCCUUCGACAUGUAAUUGCCUCAAUGGUGUAUGUGGCUCUAAUGGGCAGUGUACAUGUAACGCGGGGUUCACGACCGCUGCUAAUGGAACGGCAUGCGCGAAGUGUUCUCCUGGCUUUUUCCUGACAUCUACAGGUGAUUGUCAAGUUUGUCAAUUGGGGUGCACUCAAUGCGCUGAUGGUACUGGGGCGUGCACGACCUGCAAGACAGGAUUCUCACAAGAUGCCAGCGACAAAACCAAGUGCAACCCUCCCCAAUCCAUUACUUCCGCCGGAACAAUAUGUCCUGAUGGAAGCUUUGCCAAUGGAAACGCCUGCUCAGCUUGUUCCUCGUCGUGUCAAACAUGCACAGCAGGAACUUCCAACGAUUGUAUCCUUUGCUCUGCAGGUCAUUACACUUUCCAAGGAGGAUGUGUAGCAGCUAAUACCAAUGGCGUCUGCGCGGGAACGAACCUCAUUGCGGACAACAACAAGCGUGAAUGUGAUAGUUGUGGUGCCAAGUGCACAUCAUGCAUUAUAGCCAACUUCAGCGUGGCAUCUACUGUCAACCAGAAACAAUGUACUGGCUGCAUACCUGGUUUUUUCCUUUCCAACGGUACAUGUGUGAGCGCCUGCCCAUCAGGUACAUUUGUAUCCCCUCAAGAUAAUCUUACAUGUCUUGCUUGUGAUUCGACAUGUAGCACUUGUGCCGGAUCCUCAACAUUUUGCCUGACUUGCUCUUCUAAUCAACUCGCCUCAGGCGGUAAAUGUGUUGCGACUUGUCCUUCCAACACCUUUUCGGCUUCAGGCUCAUGCCUCACGUGUCAUCCGGAUUGCGCCACUUGCUCAGGAGCUUCGUUCAAUCAAUGCACAAGCUGUCCCUCGAGUCGGCCAGUGCUCAUCAAUGGCCGCUGCCUCCCUACCUGCAGCAAAUCGCAGUUCUUUGAUCCGACAACUUCAUCGUGUCAAGCGUGUGAUUCCAGCUGCUCGAGUUGCUCUGGCGCUGGACCCAGUAAUUGUCUUGCUUGCUCAAGUCCCACUCAAGUUCUUCGGAAGGGUACAUGCGUUGCCUCGAAUUGCCAAAGUGGGACCAGUGUCAUUGCUGGGUUGGGCGUCUGCCUCUCAGACCUUGUGAACGUACCACAAGUAUCAGGUACAAGCACCCUAGCACCCCUUCCAACAAUUACCGGCCUCAGCACCCCAACCGCCAUCAGCAAACGCCGACCCUUGGAAUGGUGGGAGAUCCUUCUCAUGGCGCUGGGCUGCGCCUUCAUCUUUCUUGUUGUCAUAUGGUGCUGCCGUCGUCGUCGAAGAAAACAACGUGCCAAGAAAACAGCGUUGUUUGCUACUGGCGCUGUAGUCAACCGUGGAAAGACCAGUUGGCGUUGGCGGCUUAUCCGCUUUGGCGAGAAACUCUUUGGACAUCAUAGGAGUACGCGAGUGGUCCCUGUACUCCCAGUGCAUGGGUCACAUAGCGAAUCGAUGAAGUUGACCAAGAUUCACACGUCAGAUAUAUCGGGGCCGUCGCCGCUGCACGGUUCGACUGGAGACGAAGAAGAUAUGGUCAGGCUGAUCGGCUCGUACCAGCGACCAGUGUCUCCCGAGCCGUCGAGGUUCCAUACCCAUCACCAUCGCCUGACACCCGUAGACCAGCGUUCGAUAAGCGAAACGAGCCACGUUUCGGCGCCGUCGAUAUACUCGCAGAUGACGGGUGUCCCUAGACGCGUGCCUGAUCCUCGACAACCUGUGAAGAAGGAACUAACGUCUCGUUUUUCGUCGAGCACUUUAAGCUCGGGAGAGUACCUUUUGCCACCUACGAAUCCGAAGAGCUCGAAGAACCCAUUCUGGAAAUGA